GCCUCUUGUCGGGCUGCUUGUUUAGCUGUUGCCGUCACCUCAUGGCGACUCGGGUAGAGGAGGCAGCGCGGGGAAGAGGCGGCGGCGCUGAGGAGGCGACUGAGGCCGGACGGGGCGGACGGCGACGCAGCCCGCGGCAGAAGUUUGUAAUCGGCACAAUGGAAGAAGCUGGAAUUUGUGGGUUAGGGGUGAAAGCAGACAUGUUGUGCAACUCUCAAGCAAAUGAUAUUCUUCAACAUCAAGACUCCAAUUGUGAUGUCACAAGUAACAAACAUUCACUGGAAGAAGACGAAGGCAGCGCCUUUAUAACAAAUAACAGGAAUUUGGUGAGCCCAGCGUACUGCACACAAGAGUCCAGAGAGGAAACUCCUGGGCAAGAAGCUCGAACCGAUCCCCCUGAUGGGCAGCAAGAUUCAGAGUGCAACAGGAACAAGGAAAAAACGUUAGGAAAAGAAGUUUUAUUAUUGAUGCAAGCCCUAAACACCCUUUCGACUCCAGAGGAGAAGCUGGCAGCUCUCUGUAAGAAAUAUGCUGAUCUUCUGGAGGAGAGCAGGAACGUUCAGAAGCAAAUGAAGAUUCUGCAGAAGAAGCAAGCCCAGAUCGUGAAAGAGAAAGUUCAUUUGCAGAGUGAACACAGCAAGGCCAUCUUGGCAAGAAGCAAACUCGAGUCUCUUUGCAGGGAACUUCAGCGUCACAAUAAGACAUUAAAGGAAGAAAAUAUGCAGCAAGCACGAGAGGAAGAAGAAAGACGUAAAGAAGCCACGGCACAUUUCCAAAUUACAUUAAAUGAAAUUCAGGUCCAGCUGGAACAGCAUGAUGUACAUAAUGCCAAACUCCGCCAGGAAAACAUUGAGUUGGGGGAGAAGCUGAAGAAGCUCAUUGAACAGUAUGCCCUGAGGGAAGAGCAUAUUGAUAAAGUGUUCAAACAUAAGGAACUGCAGCAACAGCUCGUGGAUGCCAAACUUCAGCAGACAACACAGCUCAUAAAAGAAGCUGAUGAAAAACAUCAGAGAGAGAGAGAGUUUUUAUUAAAAGAAGCAACUGAAUCGAGGCACAAAUACGAACAAAUGAAACAGCAAGAAGUACAACUAAAACAGCAGCUUUCUCUUUAUAUGGAUAAGUUUGAAGAAUUCCAGACUACCAUGGCAAAAAGCAAUGAACUUUUUACAACCUUCAGGCAGGAAAUGGAAAAGAUGACAAAGAAAAUUAAAAAAUUGGAAAAAGAAACAAUAGUGUGGCGUACCAAAUGGGAAAACAAUAAUAAAGCGCUUCUGCAAAUGGCUGAAGAGAAGACUGUCCGAGAUAAAGAAUACAAGGCCUUUCAGAUAAAACUGGAACGGUUAGAGAAGCUGUGCAGAGCUCUUCAGACUGAAAGAAAUGAGCUCAACGAGAAGGUGGAAGUCCUUAAAGAGCAGGUCUCGGUCCGAGCAGCAGACGUGGAGCUAGUGACGCCGGCGUCACAGCCUUGCACUGCCCCGGAGUCCCACAAGGAGCCGAGUCAGGCCGGCGGCGGCGGCGUCCCCAGAGCCCCCCUGGCGGCAGAGCCUGAGGCUGCCCAAGAGACCCUGUGGGCCGGCACCGUUCCAAGCAUUGAUUCCGUUGACUAAGUGUGUGAUCACUGUAUCGAGAGAUAUAUUUUGUGUAUAACUUUCUCUGCUAGUAGUUAACUAUUGGUUUUGUGGUGAAAACUUUCUUACUUUUUCUACCAUAUCUGUAUUUUCUUAGAACUACUGGACUUAAUGUGGUGGUACAGGAGGCGGAUUAGCAAUUUCAAGUCAUUUUUGAGUCUGUACCUUCUCCUCAGCUGUGCACACAUCUGCCUCAUUUUCCCCUUCACUGGAACACAUGUGUUCAUUGCCUGGUCCUUUUCCCUGCUCCUUGCACAUAAUUGUCCUAAUUAAAAUUGCAGUCAGGACAAGGCCCACCAUUACCAGGGACCUCUAUUCUGAUAAUGGUUCCUUGAUGUGAAAACUUAAAUUUCCUGGCUCCCCCUUAAUAUGAUUCAACAAAAGAAAACAUAAAGAUGAUUAGUUUUGUCUAAAUAGCCCAUUUAAAUGCCCAGUAAAAAUAAAACUCUGGUGCUGGAUCAGAAGCAAGCAAGCAUAUUUGAUUUAAAUGGGCUUUCUGUUAAUGUAUCCCUCGACAAAUAGAGAUGGCCACAAGCCUCAAACCCUUCAAACUUGUGGCAGGGAAUGUAUAUGAAGAUGUCUCUUGUAAACCAAGUAGUACAUACAGGCAAAUCACUGGACAGACAGGUUUAUGUUUCAGGUGAGAACAGGUGUGUGGGAUUUGAACCACCUGAAGGCUGACUGCAGAGGGUAUUGGUCUAUAUUUGACGUCAAUUUGGGAUUUGGGUACUAUUCUCCACUUCCCACAGAAAGCCAAUUAUUCUCUGAAAACUGCUGUUCACGUCGGUUUAAGACGAGGGUAAAUUCAUGGGUAGCUUUCAACAGGCAAAAGCCCGUCUGCUGCCUUCUGGUUACUUGAAAGAUGGUGUUCAGCUGUUACUACCAGCAAAACAUUCUAGGUUUUUAAAAGUGAAUUUUAAUUAUGUAUCAUCCUAACUGAAACCCAUUUCAUUUCCAAAACAAAGACUGGGACAAACAUCUUUACUUUGGGAAAACUUGGCAGGGUGUUAGUCGUGAUCUGUGACAUAGGCUUUCAGUCUUUCUCACCCCUUUCUUAUUUACUGUCAUUUAAAAAAACAAAAACAAAAACAACAGUAUUAUUAAGUCUCUGCACUUGGAAUGGGGAAAUUGCUAAAUUAAAGCACAUAACUUUUGCAUUAGUUCCUUUUUUUUCUUUCCCCCACUGUCGAAAGUGGCUAAAUUAUGCAAAUAAUCAAUCAGGCUGCACUGAUGAAAGUUUUGUGUCCCUGGUAUAAUUUGCAUUGAAAUACUUUUUUUUUUUUUUUGUAAAAAAGGCUCUACUAGACAUUCCACUGAGCAAAACUAUCAAACUGACACUUCUUAAAUUGCUUACUGGAAUGAAACUGUUUUCUGUCCAGUUGAAGAGGUUUUCUCUUUGUUAAAGUUCUCUUUGUAAGGUCCUGUCACAUUCAUGUCUAAACUGGGCUGAAAGAAUUGAAAAUUGCCCAAUACAUGGCACACCUCACCUGGAGUGGAGGAUUAUACCUAAGCUUCCACCACCCAUCAUGUUCAUCAGGGGCCAGACAGCGAGGACAAGAAAUCCACAAAGCAGGUUACUGUCAAAAUGCGGCGGAAGCAAAAACAAAAACACCUCCCACAGCCUCUUAAAAAUAACGCCCUCUUCAGCUACUAAAGGAAGUAUGGGACUCAUUAAUGAAGGUAUAUAUCAGAAAUAGAAUCUACCUUAAAAUUAGUACUAACGAUCAUUUUUCACAAGAAUUCUGCCAGAUGUACAGCUCGUAACAUUUUAUUCAGCCAGUUGUGUAGCCCACCCUGUCACUCUGUGGUACUUGUUCUGUGGACGAUUGUAAAUCUUGGACCUGUUGCUUAUUUUCAAGGGCUUUAUAAAAUGUGAUUAACAGUACUUGGCCUGCUGCUUACGGCUUACUGUGUAUUUGUAGCUAGACGCUAUCAUGGUGUUUAAAGGACAUGGAUUCUGUUUUGGGAUGCAUUUGGUUUCCUUUCAGAAUCUUUCUUCCCAUUACCCUGUGAAGAAUGAAAACAGGACCCUCUGAGGAGGACACUCUCCCAAAGCAAUCACCUCACCAGCCCAGUGUUGUGGCUUUGUAGCGCACCCCGUAUCUACCGUAUUCUAGAACACUGUAAUGCUACUAGGCUGGCUCAGAAAAGGUUUAAAUGUUAAUUCACUUAAACUGCAUUUGUUGCACCAUCAUGGAAUCUGGAUUUGUACUAUUUAUAGCGGCAGACUCCAAGGUGUAGAACAAACUUGGGUCUUGGAUAAUGGACCAUUUCAUCCUCAGAUUUGUAGGAAUACAUUUCUUGGUCUUGAGACCAGUAUUUUUUAGUUAUGUAUGUAUGCAACUGCCUUUUUAUUACACCUGGUUAUCACAAUUCAAUUCUCAGGUGUUGCAGAAAAAUCUACCUCUUUCAGACUGUAGAUGGUAAUAACUGUGAAAACAAAUGAUGCAGAUAUCUUCUAGUUUGUGCUUUAUUUUUACAGCCCACGUCUUUCAUGAGGAUACAGAUUGUUGAGUUAGUCUUGUUUUGCUUUUCAAAGACAUUUUGUAGAGAUUUUUCACUGUGAAUCUGAUUUUAUCUACUCAAUUCUGUAUAGCUUAAGUAAAUAUGUAUGAUAAA